AUGGGAGAGGUAAAAGAAGGUUCUUGCGACGGCAUUGGGUGUUGCCAGUUUGCCAUUUCCAAGGGGUUAAAAGAGAUUCAGACUAGUUUUUCAUGGGAUGUUAUCCUAAUGUUCAGAUUCAACUCAUCCAAUCUUUUGGCCACGCCUAGAGGCGGCGACAUUCCUAUCGUUCUUGAUUGGGCAAUUGGGAAUAAAACAUGCGAAGAAGCAAGAAAAGAUAUAGCAACUUUUGCAUGGCAGAGAAAGAAAUUAAUCAAGCAGAGAGAACAGUUCUAUCAGCAAAAUGGUGGUUUGCUAUUACGACAACAAUUAAUAUUAGAAGAAGGUGGCGUAGAAACAUCAAAGAUCUUUACAGCAAAAGAGCUAAGAUUGGCAACUAACAAUUACGACGAGAAUCUGGUCCUUGGCCAUGGUGGAUACGGAACAGUUUACAAAGGAACCUUAUCAGACGGUCGUAUAGUUGCCAUUAAGAAGUCGAAAAUAACUGAUCCGAGCCAGAAUAAACAAUUUAUAAAUGAGGUUGCUAUUUUGACUAAGAUUCACCAUCGAAAUGUGGUCAAGCUCCUAGGAUGUUGUUUAGAGACUGAAGUUCCCUUGCUUUGCUAUGAAUACAUAUCCAAUGGCACCCUCUUCCAACACAUCCCUUCCAACAGUGACACGCCUUCCAUUUCUUGGGGAAACCGGUUGAGGAUUGCGGUGGAAAUUGCAAAUGCACUUGCUUAUUUACACUCAGCAGCUUCUAUACCAAUCAUUCACAGAGAUGUCCAGUCUGCCAACAUACUUUUAGAUGAACACUACACUGCAAAAAGUGCCGACUUUGGAGCAUCAAGGUUGAUUCCUUUGGACAAGAAAGAAUUAGCCACGGUUGUACUGGGAACAAAAGGAUACUUGGAUCCAGAGUACUUCAAUACGAGCCAACUGACAGAGAAGAGCGAUGUAUAUAGCUUUGGUGUGGUUCUAGUAGAACUCCUGACAGCAAAAAAGCCGAUUUAUUCAGAGGGGUCUGAAGACUCUGGACCACAUAGAAAUCUUGCUGUGCAUUUUACUUCAUUGAUGGAAGAAGACAACCUGUUCGACCUUGUUGAGGAUCGAGUACUAAAUGAAGGGCCACUAGAACAAAUAGUUGCAGUUGCCGAGCUUGCCAGGAGACGCCUUAAGUUAAAGGGUGCAGAAAGGCAUACAAUGCGACAAGUAACAACAGAGUUAGAGAGUUUGAGAGGGGUAGAGUGUCUAGAGACACAGGAAUGCCUUAUCGCUUCCGCCAUUGCUGGUGAUCCUGAACAUUAUGGUUUUGGUACAGUUACAACAGGUUCUAUGAACAUUCAUAGAUGA